UGCGGAGACCAGGGAGUAGCGUACAGGAUCACCUCAGGUUUCUCUUUUUUAAACCGAAGUAAGUUACUUUCUUUGAGAACUAUUUACGUAACUAAUGACACACGCGCAGCAAGUUUACAGCAAGUUAUUUCGCGCUGGAAAAGUUGCUGUCAUAAACUUGGGAGGAUGAUUUCUUGCCCGACCUGGUCCGUCGCUCUCCUGCUGCCUCUGCUGGUCUCAGCCCAGUACCAAGGGGACAGCGGAAUAGUGGUGCCGGAGCAUGGUUUCUGUCAGCCCAUCUCCAUACCUCUUUGCACGGACAUAGCCUACAACCAAACCAUCAUGCCCAAUCUCGUGGGCCACUACAACCAGGAGGACGCGGGGCUCGAGGUGCACCAGUUCUACCCUCUCGUGAAAGUGCAGUGUUCGCCCGAUUUGAAAUUCUUCCUGUGCUCCAUGUACGCGCCCGUGUGCACAGUCCUGGAGAAGGCCAUCCCUCCCUGCAGGUCCAUCUGCGAGAGGGCUAAGCAGGGCUGCGAGGCUCUCAUGAACAAGUUCGGCUUUCAGUGGCCGGACCGCCUGCGCUGCGAGAACUUCCCGGUGCUGGGUAACGGGCAGAUCUGCGUGGGCCAAAACGACUCCACCGCCGCCACCGUCCCACCCGUCAUCCCCGUGCUGGGCACCCACGACCUCACCGACGUGCCCGCGCACGAGACGCCUUUCCGUUGCCCGCCCGUGCUCAAAGUGCCCCCCUAUUUGAAUUACAAGUUUUUAGAGGUGGAGGACUGCGCCGCUCCCUGCGAGCCGUCGCGCAGCGGUGGAUACAUGUUUUUCAGCGACAAAGAGAUCCGCUUCUCCCGCAUAUGGAUUCUGGUCUGGUCGGUGCUCUGCUGUGCGUCCACCCUGUUCACGGUGACCACGUAUUUGGUGGACAUGCAGCGCUUCAGGUACCCCGAGCGGCCGAUCAUCUUCCUGUCCGGCUGCUACACCAUGGUCUCCGUGGCCUACAUCGCCGGCUACUUCCUGGGCGACAAAGUGGUGUGCAACGACAGCUUCAGCCCCGAGCGCUACAAAACCAUCGUCCAAGGCACCAAGAAGGAAGGCUGCACCAUCCUCUUCAUGAUGCUCUACUUCUUCAGCAUGGCCAGCUCCAUCUGGUGGGUCAUCCUGUCCCUCACCUGGUUCCUGGCGGCAGGUAUGAAGUGGGGCCACGAGGCCAUCGAGGCCCACUCGCAGUACUUCCACCUGGCGGCCUGGGCGGUGCCGGCCGUCAAAACCAUCAGCAUCCUCGCCAUCGGGCAGAUCGAGGGCGACGUGCUCAGCGGCGUCUGCUUCGUCAGCCUGGGCAGCCUGUACCCCCUGCGGGGCUUCGUGCUGGCGCCGCUCUUCAUCUACCUCUUCAUCGGCACCUCCUUCCUGCUGGCGGGCUUCGUGUCGCUGUUCCGCAUCCGCACCAUCAUGAAGCACGACGGCACCAAGACGGAGAAGCUGGAGCGACUGAUGGUGCGGAUCGGGGUGUUCAGCGUGCUGUACACCGUACCCGCCACCAUCGUCAUCGCCUGCGUCUUCUACGAGCAGGCCUUCCGCCCCCACUGGGAGCGCAGCUGGGUCAGCCACAACUGCAGGGGGCUGGCCAUCCCGUGCCCCUCGCAGACGGGGCCCCGCAUGACCCCGGACUUCACCGUCUACAUGAUAAAGUACCUCAUGACGCUGAUAGUGGGGAUCACCUCGGGCUUCUGGAUCUGGUCCGGAAAGACUCUCCACUCGUGGCACAAGUUUUACACGAGGCUGACAAACGGCAAGCAAGGAGAGACCACGGUGUAGAAGGACGGGGGGACUUGUCACGUGACAGGCGAGCGGCCGCACGUAGGUUCCUCAUGGCCACAGGUGCAUGCCAGGCCCAGGGGUCAGGGUUUGGCAAAAAGGGCAAGCUGGAAAAACAAGGACUGAGCCGGAGCGUCUGAACAAAUAACAAGCGUGGCUAUUGGAUGCCAUGUGCUGAAAUGCUCCCCCCCCCCCCCUCAUAAAGUCACCAUAAGCUCACGCUGAGUGAUGAUCCGGCAGCCGAGGAACAAUGAGGAAUGGCGGCGUUUUCUCCCAGUAAACGUCUCGUAUCUAAUUCAGUGGAAUUGUAAAUAGUUUUUGUAAAAACAUGAAAUUAUAUAUUUGUAUUUAUAGAAAGUUAACACUUUUCCCUGUCUGCCAGUGUACAAUAUUCACUGCACUGUAUGAAUGCCACAUACUGUAGAUCUAGACUUGCUUCUUUUUUAAUAAUAAUUGCUGGUUUAAAAUUACAUUGUUUUUGUAUGGCUUAAAAGAAGAUUUCAGUAUAUCAAAUUACUCCCAGGAAGCUUUUUUUGUUUCAACCCAAGACCUUUUUUGCCGACCAAAUAAACAUGUAAUGUACAGAAAUAACCAACUAUGAAUCAAAUGCUUUAUUUUGCUUUUCCUUGUUGAAUGGCAACAACUGUGUUUCUCUUUACUUCUAAUGUUGACAAUUCUUCAAUGAUUAAAUA